GUACACAGAGUUGCAUCAUAAGAUUGAGAUGAUCGACAAGGACAACACUAGACAAAAAAUAAAGAAUUCUAUUUUUAUCUUCUCAAUCAUAGGAGAACAGAAUAGAAAUCAAAAAAAGAGGAUGACGGCUAUCCUCUCAUCCUUUUCGUCGCGUCGGAAUGCCUCGGCGCAAACCCUCGCGAGCAAGCGGGUACAAUCUCAGUUAACAGGCUUGCACUUGUAUGUGCAGUUCAGUUUCCCGAAAUGAUAUUUAUCAAUUAUGAUCUCCUUCUCGUCCAUUUGCGUCUCCUUGUAGUUGUUGCUCUUGAUGUUGUAGUAGUACGAGGACCUGGUGGUCCUCGACGAAGAGAAUGCACGAAGAUAGAAGUAGUUUAGAGUGCAGGAUUUGGAUUUGCUUGAUCAAUCUUGUCAGGUGGAAAACUCAACGAUGAGCAGACCAAGCUGUAAUUUAUGGGAUGACAGCGCAACGGCUUUCGAGAUGCUAGAUAAAAAUCGCGACGGUUUCCUGAACUGGGCAGAAGCGAGAUAUUGGCUCCGUUGCGUCGGCUGGUGCUGUACUGAUGUGCGGCUAGAUAUCGCAAUUCAACAAAUGUGGAACGCGAUGAUAACGCGAGGAGAUGAAGAAGAAGACUUCCAUUUAUGUUCCUUCUUUCCACUCAAGUUGGUACAAGUAGCUCGUCUAGCGUAACCGACUAUUGAUUUAAUAUGUGGGAUAAAAUGAUUUUGAUCCGAGCCUACUAUUGCAGUUGGAGCCCACUAUUAAUCUGGGCAGAUUCGGAAUUCAUAAUGCGCAAAUCCUAUGUCUAAGUCUAUGUGUUUCAAUCUGUUCAGCACUUCUAGUACACGUCGGUGUCCUUUCCCACCUAUUGGGUAACUAAAGGCGCCUGGAGGUCCAUCUGGUCAUUCUAAUGACUAGCACCUCUUCCACCACAUCUGCGAUAAAAAGCGGGAAGAAACCUGAGACCGCGAGGUUUUCCUUGACCGAUUUGCAGCUGAUUGCGUCUGGUGCUUCUAGCGUCGUGACAUCAACGAGGACACCGUCUCGCGCUGCUUCAGCGACUGUGGAUUCCAAGGAAACGCCAUCCUUUUCUGGAACCGCGGCAGGUGGUCCAGCUAAGGAAGCUUCGGACGUACCAAGAGAUAUAGACGAGCAGCCCGCCGUUGCUGCAGCUAUCACAGAAGCGAAUUCGCUGCCAAAUGUUGAUGCUCGUACUGCUACUGCGGAAGAUGAAGAACUCAAAAGUACUCCUGCUGAGUAUAGUGCGGGAGAUUCCCAGGUCGUGCGUGUGAAAGAUAAAGAGGCAGUAGAUACCUUACAUGAAACUGAAGUAGCUCCACACGCUGCAGAUACCGAAAAGAACAGCACGAAAGAAGCCGAUAUGAUACAAGACGACACACAUCAUGAUGAUCCAGGUAACAAAGGCAUGAGCAUCGAGAUCGACGGUUCAUUUGUUCCUGAUGCUUCUGUGGCGCACUUUUCAGACCCUCUUGAAAGUGGGCAAGUAGAUGGUCCGGAGUCUCUUAGCGCAGUUGAUGAGACGGAGCCUCAGACUGCUCUGGCUGAGCAGAUAGUAGAUGGGUCUGCUUUAGCGGCAAUCAUCGGAAUUGGUGAUGGAAAGGCGGUCGAAGUGGAUAUCGAACAGCAAGGCGUAGAAGAAGCAGUUCUCGCGAGUGCGAAAGUCGAUGAAGAGGUCGGUGAAAAGAAAGGGGAAGAUUCAGGGGCGGCACGAGAUAAAGAAGCAACAGAAGGAUCACUUCCGAGUGUGGAUCAUGAAAGUGCGCAAUUGGUGCCAACUGCUGGCGAGACUGACGCCUCUCUAGACGAUGCGACUCAGGAACAUGAAGAAGCUACAGUCGCGAAACUGCCCGAGCAAGAAAAAUCUAGCCAAGGCGAAGCUGAGACGUCCAAAACUUCAAUGGGGCAAGAAGUAGAGGCUGUUGGACAAAAAUCACCGGAAGAACAGGAUGCGACGAGUAAUGUCCUCGUGGGAGAGCAAGAGGAUACGACUGGAGAUGAAGGUGCAGAGCAAGAUAAUGAAAGCAUUCACGACCCGCAGCACCAGGCUGUGCAAGAGCACAAGAGGAAAGAAGAGUCGUUCAUGAGGACUGCACGCGAAAUUGACGAUACCAGUGAACAGAAACGAGAGGACGCUGACUCUAGCAAGACAACUGCGGAGGUGUUGUUCCAAGCAACGACAAAAGAUGGUGGCAUCGCUCAGUUUCCUCGCGUGACUGCUUCGGAAGAUUACCUCUUGGGUCUUUUGAGCAGCGUGACGUCUGGAAAACUUGAAUUUUCAAGAGAAGAUUUUUUCUCUUCGAUGACACGCGAGGGGGAGCCUCUAAGCGCUGAAGACCUUGAGGAGCUAAUGGAUUUGGUCGGUUUAGGCGCGAAUGCAGCGCCGGAUGCAUUCGAUAUAAGAUGCUUGGCAAAAAAUUUAGUGAGCAAAAUUUUGGUUCCACCGUGCGUUCCAACGCAACGAUCAAGAUAUGCUUAGCAGCAUUACAGCCAACUCCCAUAAAAACGAAAACUUGAAGUUGAACUUAAUUGUUAUGUUUCCUUAAUCAAUGUCAAUUACUAUGACAUUUUAACACAGUUGUUCAACCUAUACCUAUACCUAAGAUUUUUCCCCAGCCGCACGCACAUGUUAUUCUUGUCAAUGAGCACGACUUUCACUUUAGUAUACGACAAAGUCAUCUUGUUCUUGUUGUUCGGAAUAUCAAGGCAAUGUGGUCGGUGCAGGGCAGUUUCUCUCUCGCAAGGGCCGUUACAAGCUCUACCAGGGUAAGCGCUAAUUGAGGUAGCCAUUGUAUUGACCCAUUAAGAAUGUUGCACUUUCGUCGUUCCUGCGGGACAAUACCACGCGUGCGCUUGCUGGCCAUAGCAGACAUGUGCUUAAGCAUGUGCCACCUCCCUGUGGAGGAACCCCAAAUCUGGGUUAGGCGACCGGACCAGUGUCGGUUGACAAAAGUCAUACGCUUGGCGUUCAGGAACUCCUUAGCGGAGAAGAUCUACUUAUUAAUGUGUUGUAAGCUUCUAUGACAGAAAAACGACUACUCCUACUCAAAAAUCAAAACUUCGCUGAUGCUGAUUUUGGCUGCCAUCCGGACGCUGGUUCGAACCGACGGUGGGCCCCAGCUGUGGACCGCAGCAGGUAAGUGCAGAGUCUUUGUCUUAAACUAGCUAGUUAAAGAUUAGAUAUUUUGACAGGCCCAAGACAGGAGGGUAAGGGAGAACUUAGGGUUUAGGGUUUAGGAAGGGGUGGCGGGAGCGCGAAAGCGGAGGGGCAAUGAGCAGAACAUGCGGCAGAGUCGUGUCUGGAUGACGUUUUUGGCCUCUGCCAAGCUUCGGCACCACAAAGAAAGAGCUCAAAGAUGACAAAGUGCACGGCCGUGGGAUCUCCACCUUAGCCAAUGGCGACAGGUACAAUUGCGAGUGCAGAGGAGGCAAAUUAAACGGCCGCGGGAUCUACGCACACUAUGCCAAUGGCACCAAGUACGACGGCGAGUUCAAAGAUGACAAUUUUGACGGGCGGGGGAUCUACACCUAUGCCAAUUGUGCCAAGUACGACGGUGACGCCAAAGAUGACAAGCGGCACGGCCGCGGGAUCUACACCUUUACCGAUGGCGACAGGUACGACGGCGAGCAUAAAGAUGACAAGCCGGGCGGGCGAUAAGUCCUUGCGUAUGCCGGCGGCGGCACGUACGGCGGCCAGUGGAAAGAUGGGAUAACGCAUGGAGCAGGAGUCCGCACAUUCGCCGACGGUGAUCAGUACCGCGGCCAGUGGGAGAACGGACUUCGCUUGACCUCCCACGUAUUUUGAAAAUGAAGUGGCCUGCGUUUGUCAUUCAUUGACACGGCGGAGACAAAUUCAAAUGCCAGAACUUUUUGCCUCAGCAUGAUACUGCUUUUACUGUGCAUUAGGUGACUUGCUUCUGUCGUUAUAUUCUGUAAGCUUCCAUUGUGAUCGAUGAGGAUUAUGUCUUGUUUAUUGUCGACGCUCCUUCGGUGUUGAUUGAUCGUUCGCCAUAUAUUUCAUAAGAAAGUCUCAGACUUGUAUCCGCAUAAUAGCGAUCUUGCCGUUAUUCGCCAACCGCCACACGAUCCUCCCUAUUCCUCUCGAUUUGCUUACCCCGGCCCACCAUUAUCAAAGCACGCUACUUGCGUUGGCCUAUUGCCAAACUGACUACCUUCAUUGUCCAAGAGAGAGUUUUCGUUGGGCAUGGCGAAAAAACAUGAAAUCAGCGAGGUCAAGGUUGCAGUUUCAGAGCG